AUGGCCGGCCCUUAUGAGGGAGAGCGCUUGUACCAGACUUCAAUUGCCGGCAACGCCGUCAUCAUAGCUACCUUUGCCGCUCUCCUACCUGCGGUCUUAGUCCUUGGCUACCGCUACCGCACCGUCGCCUUCACAGUUACCCUCACGACGGGCAUCAUUCUCGAGAUACUAGGUUUCGCGGGAAGGCUCCUGCUGAAUAGCAGAGAAGGCAACCGGUCCUUCUUCACGCUCUAUUUCCUUGGGACCAUCCUCGGCCCGUCCUUUAUCGCGUCGGCCAUCUUCUCCGUUCUGCCUCACUUGCUCCUCAUCUACCACAAUGGCAUCUCGCCGCUGAAGAGCGGCCAUGUUGGCUUGGUAUUUAUAUCACUUGUUCUCCUGAACGUGCUCUUGGAGGUUGUGGGUGCCAUCUUUACCGUCUUUGGUGCUACCGAAGAAAUUCGCCACCAAAGUACUCGAGUUCUCCUCGCCGGACUAGUCGUCCUAAUCGCCAGUCUCCUCCUUUGCGCUGGUAUCCAGUUGUGGUUGGUUUUCAAGGCCAGAUCCUCCGGGGUAAGCGUCGACGCUCAACACGUCGCCGUCUACAGCUCGGCUAGGUUCAAGAGGUUUUUACUUGUUCUACAAAUCGCAACCGCUCUCAUCUUCGCCACCACCACCGCCCGUGUCACCGAGGCGGCUCGCGACAACGGGCCCAUCAUAUCGAGCGACACGGCAGCCACAAUUCUUUACGGUGCACUCCCUCUCCUCGCUUGCGUCCUCGUCACGAUUUUCCACCCAAGCUACGCGUUUGGGCCUGCCUGGGCUAGGACGGCGCCACAAUAUGUCUCUCGACUUGCUUCCAACGCAGAGGGGCAUCAAGGGAGCGGCACUACGCCUACCCUUCGAGAGCGGAGGCUUGAGUCUAACCCACAUGCCCGCUUCAGCGUCCGAAAGGUCGCGCCUAUGCCUCUCUCCGCUGGCACGUCUAACCCGUAUGAGCUGUACAGCAGCGGCCCCAGCCCUGGAUUCCCGUCUCCGGGAAGCAACGGGCAGCUGUCGCCGGCAAGCAAUGAUGGAUAUCCCUCGCCUCGAAGCCAAAUCAGUGGAUAUCCUUCCCCGCUAAGGGCGUCCUAUACCAGCAAGUCGCCAAAGAGGUUCUCCUACUCGAGCCGGUCGCCGGGACAUUCGCCUAGGAAGCCCCCGGAGAAUCGGCUUGUCGACGACGAUGCCCUGUGGUAG